GGGCCCAGUAGGAGCCACGCCCCCUGCCCGGGCCUUCUUUUCCGCGGCGCAGGCUGUUUUGCGUCCCUGUAGGGGGGACCUUCGUCCGCAGCCGCAGAGGCGGCCCUGAAGCAGUAGGUCGUUCUGCGCCCAGCUCCUCAAGCCUAGCAGUUAGCUACCACAGAAGACAGUGCAUUAUUGGAAACCCAAGCAAGUGAUGACUCCAACUGCAACUACUCUUCCAAAGGGGUCUCCUUGCCCAAGUAACUCCAACAGCCCUUGACCCUUGGUGUGCAGUUUCCCAGCUCCUUUGUCUCCAGUGGCACUUGGAAGAUUCUUCAUACUCAUUCAAGAAGCUCUCCGCGCCCCACCCGCUCUCUUCUGGAGCCCAAACUGCGUCCGGCUCUGCCCUGAUUCUCCACCAAGCUUCAGGAUCGCCUGUAAUUUUACUCCAACCGCGUUAAAUCGGCUGAAUCAGAAUCUCUGACAACCAGACCUGGGGUGCAAUGUCUGAACAGGAGCGUGUUCAGGAAUGCCUGAGGAAAGAAAUAAGGUCACUUCUCAUUUCCGCCAAAGAUGGUUUGACCCCCCAGCAAUUGGAAAAGGAGUACCUUUUGAUGGUUGGCAGCCAUUUGCCACUCCGAAUCCUUGGCUAUCGGUCAACUAUGGAGCUGGUGUUGGACAUGCCUGAUGUUGUCGCUGUCUGUCCCUGUGGGGAUGGUACUGUAAUACUGAAAGCCAUUCCAGAUGAAUCUACCAAAGGAAUAGCAAGUUUGGUUGCAAAACAGAGAAGCAGCCAUAAGGUUCGAAACUCCGUGCAGAAAGGAAGGGCCAGUGUUUGCUCUGGGCCAAGCUCAUGCCGGCGAGUACCUUACCGAGGAAGGGUGCCCCCCAUUCUUCCAGCUUUUGUGAAGAGUGAGUUGAAAGACCUCUUGGCGUUAUCUCCCGUUCUCCUUUCUGAUUUUGAGAAGGCAUUUGUCAGACGAUUUGGACGUUCUUUCCAGUACGUGCAGUAUGGAUUCCUUUCUAUGUUUGAAGUGCUUAAUGCUGCUUCGGAUGUCAUUUCUGUAGAGCAGACCAGAGCAGGUUCUUUGUUGAUGCUAAAGAAGAGCGUAUCAGAGAAAAAGCAGAGAGGAUGGCCAGCAGGAGGUAAAAUGUUUACCCAGCCUUUUAGAAUGAAACCACACGGAUCGUACUCCGCAGGUUUCCCAGUUGUAAAGUCUCGCUUUUCACAACCUGCUUCAAACAUGGAACCGCCGAAGCAAAUAUUGAACGUGGAAAAGACUUUUAAGUCAAAUGUAGUAGAGACUUCAAGGCUGAAUCACACUGAAAAAUUAAAUCAGCUGGAGAACACAUUCAAAUCAGUUAUUGCACAGAUUGGACCUGGCGGGACUAUUAAUCCAGAACUAAAACAUAAGAUACAAUUUGUAGUAUCCAAGUUUCCAGAGGGUUUGCUUAUUUCUAAACUGCUCAGAGAGUUUGAGAUAAUCUUUAAAGAGCAACUUUCACCAAAAAAAUUGGGCUUCUUAAAUGUGACAGAACUUGUUGGAGCUCUUAGUGACAUUCUCCAUGUUGAGUUCAGGGAAGGAGAACAAGACUUACUGGUGUUUGAUGCUGAUAUGAAGCCACUACCACCUGAUGGAGACGUUUCAUCAGUCAGAAAUUCAUGUUUAGUUCAAUCAGAUAAGAAAAUAGAAGUCAAAGCUUAUGUCUCCAGUCCCCCUAGAAAUUCACUGUCUACUACUGCUGUCAAGGAGACUGCAUGGGAUUGUCCUAAAAGCCAUGAGGAGCCAGAACAGAAGAUUUGCAAGAAGCCUAAUCUGGUGGUAAAGCCUUUACAGUUGCAAGUAGAAGUUAAGUCACAGCUCAACCUGGAGAUGGCAAAUCAUGAUAUCCCACCAGACGCUGUACGGGACAAGCAACUAUGUAGACUGCCGCCAUUAGAUACCAGUACCCUUGUGGGGGUCUUUGUGGAGUAUAUAAUCUCUCCAAGUCAAUUCUACAUCCGAAUCUAUAGCAGGGAUUCAUCAGAGUUACUUGAAGACAUGAUGAUUGAGAUGCGGCGCUGCUACUCUAAUCAGCUGGUUUCUGAUCGGUACGCCAUGCCAGAGUAUUUCAUCCAACCAGGACAUCUCUGUUGUGUAAGGAUUUCUGAGGAUAAGUGGUGGUAUCGUGUCAUUAUCCAUCGAGUCAUUGGGAAGCAGGAAGUUGAAGUAUUCUACCCAGACUUUGGAAAUAUAGGAACUGUUCAGAAGUCCUCCCUGAGAUUUCUCAAGUGCUGCUACACAAAGCUUCCAGCUCAGGCUAUCCCUUGUUCUUUGGCUUGGGUGAGACCAGUAGAGGAACAUUGGACAUCCAGAGCUAUUUUGCAGUUUCAGAAGUUGUGUGGUUUGAAGCCAUUAGUGGGGGUAGUGGAUGAAUAUGUAGACGGAAUCCUUAACAUUUUCCUGUGUGAUACAUCGUCAAAUGAAGACAUCUAUUUCCAUCAUGUCUUGAGAACGGAGGGCCAUGCUAUUGUAUGCCGAGAAAAUGUCCCUUCUAAGGGUUUCAGAGAACUCAACCCUUUAGCUUUAUAUACUAAAUCCAGUUCAGGGCCAGAAGAUGUGGUUCUGACAGAACUGGGUUAUCCUUCCCAGCAGCACUAUUUUAAUGAAGACCGAGAGAUAAGUCCACAAUCAAAAGAGAGUGAAUUAUAUACCCUGCAAGAUAUUAAUGAUGAAAAAGCUUUCACUCACCUUAAAUCUGAAUUAAAUGAGCCAUUAAAGGAUUCUGAAUUCACUUCUAUGGAAAACCAAGAUAAGUGCUGUGAAGAAGACCCAACGUGGUCCAUCCCAGAGCUAAAGGAUCUGAAGGAAGAAAAUGAGGAUGAGAUUCCCACUGGAAUGCCAUGCCUGGAAUCAGUGACUAUUGGUGAUGAUGUUUGGGAUGAAAAUUGGUUACCUUUGCAGGCUAAAAUGGAUAAAGGGGACGAUGCUGCCUCCCACUUAUUUGCCUCAAGCCUUGGUGGAAAGAAACCAUAUCCAUCAUGUAAAGAAAUGCCGCAAAAGGAUUGGUGCUUUUCUGGACCCAAAGAUACAUGGGAUGAUUCAUGGCAGCCUUCAGGCCUUGUGAAUGGAAUGAAAGGAGAAGUUCAAAAACAAGAGGCAUUAGAUGCUCAGGAAAAAAAUACUGGCACAACCAGGAUUCAAAAGCAGCCAUACAUAGAGAAUUCUUCAGAUUCUUCCACAUUGCCCAAAUUGGAGGAGUUCUACAUCUCUCUGAUCCAGUCGCAGCAGUCAGUAAAAGGGAGCCAGCCCGAGCCCAGCAGCGUUCAGACUCAGGCAACGCCAGUCCAGCUCUCCGCGGCAACCCUCAGUGCAGCUCCCAUGGCACUUGAUUCUGCAGAAAAAAAUUCUGCUUCAGUGGAGGACUCUUCAGAGAGCUUAAAGAACGAUUUCUCUAGUAGCCGUGCUAUUACAGUGUUCAAAGACAAGAGUCAUGAAGCCAUGGACCAGCUCUCUUUGAUCUUGUCUCCUGAGCACCAGAUUUCCCAGAAGCUCUACAUUCCUCGGAGCACAGCCACUGCUGCCUUGGGAGCUGCGGCACGGUUGGCCACCUCCAGGAGCCUCUUACACUGGUAUCCCAGUGUGAAAAGAAUGGAAGCAUGAGGGAGUGAGUAGGGGAGAAAAUAAUAAGCCAGGUGCAUUAGGACUUGGUGAUUUCCCAAGGCCAAAACAUGGAGGAGGAGGUAUUGAGACAAAACACUAUUUUGAUGGUUGAUGCCUUUGUCUUUCUUUGUGACCGUAUGUUAGCUUUGUUUUGCUAACAGUCCACUUUGUUGUGUAAGUAUUGAUAUUCAAUGUUAGUUUUAAUUUUUAUUGAUGAUGUUUCUUAUUCCGCAUAGUUUUGUUCACCAUGACAUAGUGGUUUAAAGACAUUUUUAUUUUUUGUUGCUUUUGUGUAUGUGUGUUUCUGUAAAUGUUUUUCUUGUACAUAUCAUGACUGAUAAAUGAAAGCUGAAAAACUAAUGUUUUGCGAUCCAUAUUUAGUAAGACAAAAAUUAUCUCAGAUUCUUAUGUCCAGAAAAAGGAUGUCUGAAUUGUAAGGCUGCUUUUUCUUUCUCAUUUGAAAUUUUCUUUAUCAUAGAGAUAAUGCAGGGCUCCAAUUCUACCAUUAUUAUUUAUUUGAAACGCUAGGAUCAGUGAGAAAAUACACAUUCUGAAGCUGUGGUCAUGUAAACACUUCCACAUUUAAAAGAUUUAAGUUCUCUUUCAGUACAGGCAGUUUCCUGAAGACCUCUAACAAAAUUCCAGAGACUGGUUGCUCAAACUUGGCCGUGCCGUCUCUCUCGGCUUCACAGUUCCAGGAGCUUCAGCAUUGAAGCAUCUGUGGGACAUGGUGUUCUCUGAAGUCAAACUGUGUGAGUAUGAACCAUCAAGUAUAAAUAGGAGACCGAAAGGUGAAAUUAAAGAAUAUGAAUGGUACUAAUUUAAAUUAUUUGUGGUAAAGUACCAGACCUAUCCCCAAGUUUUAAAACAUCCAAUACAGAAGCAUUUCUUGAAGUAAAACCCUAGAAAGAGCUGCAAAUUACUGGUGUGCUGAAUAUAAGUCGAUUCUCACCUUCUGGGCCCCUCCUCUACCACCUCCUGUUUCAGCAUAACAUGGCAGAGCUGGCCCUACUUCCUUCUCUCUUUCUACAAUAAGGAAUUUCUCCUCUUCUCAACGACUUAAUCACUCAACUACUUAAAAUGUCCACUGAGGAAGGGAAUGAGAUGAAAUAAAUAUGAAGUACAUUUAAAUUUAGACUAUUACUGACUGAAACUUCUUUCGUAGAAUUAAGAAAUAAUGAAACAAAGUUAAAUACUAAGUCUCUGAAUACUGAUGGUUUUGGUUUAAAAACUUUAGAGGAAACAUGUUUAAUGGCAACACAAUUUAAAAAUCCAGAUUCACCUUAAAUUCCAAUGUAUCUGUACGAACGAUAUUCUAAUUGAGCAAAAAUAAAGUAAUCUGGAAAUAUCACUGAUAGUUGAUCCAACAGAAAGAACAGGUUU